AUGACAAAAGAGGACGAAAAACUCAUUCCCGUGAGGGUUGCCCUGCGGUGUCGACCUUUGGUUCCCAAAGAAAUAAGCGAGGGAUGUCAGUGUUGUCUGACAUUUGUUCCGGGAGAGCCUCAGUUGAUCGUUGGAAACGAUAAAUCAUUCACAUAUGACUACGUAUUCGACCCAGUGACGGAGCAGGAGGAAGUUUUCACCACCGCCGUUUCUCCUCUCUUGUGCGGACUCUUCAAAGGUUAUCAUGCUACUGUGUUAGCUUACGGUCAGACGGGUUCCGGGAAGACGUUUUCUAUGGGCGGAACUUACACGUCGGCUCAGGAGAACGAACCCACCGUUGGUGUGAUACCAAGGGUGGUCCGACGGAUCUUUCAGGAGAAAUCCAAGAGGACCGACUGUGAAUUUAUCCUGUCCGUGUCUUACCUCGAGAUUUAUAAUGAGGAGAUUCUGGACCUGCUGUGCUCCUCCAAAGACAAGCCAAACAUCAGCAUCAGAGAGGACCCUAAGGAAGGCAUUAAAAUUGUGGGUCUGACAGAGAGGCGGGUUUUCACGGCACAGGAGAUGGUGGGUUGCCUGGAGAUGGGCAACUCCGCCCGCACGGUGGGCUCCACGGCCAUGAACGCCGCGUCGUCUCGCUCCCAUGCCAUCUUCACAAUCACCAUAGAGCAGCGGCGCGCCGGAGACAAGAGCGAUACUGUAGUCUCUAAGCUACACCUAGUGGACUUGGCAGGGUCAGAGAGACAGAAGAAAACCAAGGCAGAGGGAGACAGACUCAAAGAGGGCAUCAGCAUUAACAGAGGCCUGCUGGCCCUGGGAAACGUGAUCAGCGCCCUGGGGGACGAAAGCAAGAAGGGCACGUUCGUACCUUACAGGGACUCCAAACUCACACGCCUGCUACAGGACUCUCUGGGCGGGAACAGUCACACGCUCAUGAUAGCCUGCGUGAGCCCGGCCGACUCCAACAUCGAGGAGACCAUCAACACGCUCCGAUACGCCGACCGCGCCCGCAAGAUCAAAAACAAGCCCAUCCUGAACGUGGACCCCCAGGCCGUGGAGAUGAAACGACUCAAACAGCAGGUUCAAGAACUGCAAGUCAUGCUUCUGCACGCUCGCGGAGGGGUUGCCCCGGUGCUUUCUGGGCCUGAGCCGGCGGAGAAUGUGUCUAAACUUCUGGAGCGGAACCGCAGCCUGAAGGAGGAGAACAACAAACUGAGUCGAGAACUGAGCGAAGCCGCGGGCCAGACCGCCCUCAUGUGUGAGAGGGUCAUCAUGACAGAGCAGGUGAAUGAAAAGCUGCAGAGUAAACUGGAGGAACUGAGACAGCACGCUGCGUGUAAAGUGGACCUGCAGAAGAUGGUAGAGACACUGGAGGACCAGGAGCUGAAGGAGAACGUUGAGGUGGUCCGGAACCUUCAGCAGCUCAUUCUGGAGCUCCAGAACGAGAGCGCGGGGAUAGCUGCCACCAUCGACGCCAUGACCACCGGCCAGUCGCCUUCGCCUGCGGUGGAGUCCGAGGCUGCUGCCGUGGCAACGAAGAGCGGCAGCCCGGCCGCAGGUUCGCCUGUGACCGCCGGUGCCGCUCCACUCGACAAAGACUCACCCGAGGCCUACACCGCCCAGCAUGCAUUGCGGCAGGCCCAGAUGUCGAAGGAACUGAUUGAGCUGAACAAGGUCCUGGCGCUGAAGGAGGAAUACAUGAGGAAGAUGUGUCAGAACGACAGUCAACUGGAGCCAAUGCAAACAGAACAUCAGGAGAAUAUAAAGAGCCUGCAGACUGCAGUGGGGUCCCUGCAGAAGGAGAAAGAGGAUCUCAUCAUGGCCCUGCACUCUGCCAAGAAAGACACCAACCAGGCCAAGCUGAGUGAACAGCGGAGGAAGAGGUUGCAGGAGUUGGAGGCCCAGAUCAGUGAGCUGAAGAAAAAGCUACAGGAGCAGUCUAAACUCCUUAAACUCAAAGAGUCGUCUGUACGAAACGUCGCCAAACUCAACCAGGAAAUCCAGGCGAUGAAGUCUCAGCGUGUUCAGCUCAUGAGGCAGAUGAAGGAGGACUCUGAGAAGUUCAGACAGUGGAAACAGAUGAAGGAUAAAGAGGUGCUACAGCUCAAGGAGAAGGAUCGUAAACGGCAGUACGAGAUGCUCAAGCUGGAGAGAGACUUCCAGAAACAGGCUAGCGUCCUGCGCCGCAAAACAGAGGAGGCUGCGGCUGCCAACAAACGGCUAAAGGAUGCUCUUCAGAAACGCAGUGAGGUGGCGGAGAAACGCAAAGACAUCCAGAACCGCGGGAUGGAGGGAACUGCAGGAAGAGUCAAGACCUGGCUCCUUAAUGAAGUGGAGGUGUUAGUGAGUACAGAGGAGGCGCGGAGGCACUUGCAGGACCUGUUGGAGGACAGGAAGAUCCUGGCUGAGGAGAUCGCUCAGCUCCGUCAGCAGAUGGAGGCUGGGGAGAAACCUGCCGCUAAAGUCAGGCGUCGCACUCUGAUCAUCUCGGAGCUGGAGAGCCAGAGUGAACUGGAAGCCUCCAUCAGUAAGCAGGUGGAGAACCUGGAGACGGAAAUGAGUCUAAGGAGUGCCCAGAUUGCAGACCUGCAGCAGAAGGUUCUGGAUGCGGAUAAUGAAGGGCGUAUGAAGCAGCGUUGGGACUCCAUCACCACUCUGAUGGAGGCCAAGUGUGCUCUCAAAGUCCUCAUGGCCGAGGUGGUGGCGGCUAAAACGGCCAACGCCAGGCUGGAGAGCGACCUGCAACAGGAGAAGGCCAGUCACAUGGACCUGCAGAAAGUGCUGUGUGAUGAGAGGAAACUCAUGUCCACCAUGGACAUGGAACAUCAGCGCCACCUGGUGGAGCUGGAGCAGAGACACCAGGAGAAGGUGCUGUACCUCCUCAGUCAGCUCCAGAAUAAGUCAGCGACUGAAAUCAAGGAGGAAAAAGAAAAAGAGGAGGAGAUGUCUAAGAGAGAAAGAGAACUACUACAGCGUCUCAAGUUCCAGGAGGAGGAGAUAGAGAAGAUGAGAGAGCUCAGCGAACAAAACCAGAAACUCCUGGAGGAAAAUGAGCAGUACAGACAGAAACUAACUCUGGUCCAGUUGGCCAGUGGGAAGAAAAUCUCCGCCCUCUCGGCCGUCAGCGAGUCACCUGAUUCGUCGUUUGAGUACAUCCCGCCCAAGCCCAAAGGGAGUCGUUUCUCCACGGCCAGGCCUCCCCUGCAGGAGGCCCCCAUCGACCUGGAGGAGCUCAUGUCUCCGUCGGAGUCGGAGAGAGAGGAGGACGAGUGGCGUCCGGACAGGAAAGAGAAAACACGCAGAGUCUCCAAGAAGACGAAAGCCACAGGGUGUGCGUGUAAAGGACACUGUGGCAAUAAGCUGUGCCGUUGUCGUAAGGGUCGGAUCACGUGUGGGGAGAACUGUCUGUGUGACCAUCAGAAAUGCCGAAACAUGGACAGCCGUCCAGGCCUGGACCUGGGGGACGUGGACGAUGGAUCGAGAGACUCGAUCUCGAUCCCCGAGGACCCCACGGCGGUCAGCCCUCGAGACGCCACCUUCUUCAAACCGCCCUCCGUCACCCCCACGAAAAAGGUCCUGAAGGAGAUGGGAGACAUGGGCCACCUGCCCACAGACCUGAAGCUGGAGAAGAAGCCGGUCCCCGCGGACACGGACAGCGAGGAGGACGAGGAGGAGGACGGCGUGGAAGAUCGCAGCGCCGCCAGCUUCCUGCGCCGAAACAAACGAGGCCUAAACAACUUCAAAAACAGUUUCUUCUCCGGCUGCACUCCCAUACGCGAAGAGUCCUGA